GAGGUUUCCGGUUAAUAACCGGGUUUUCUAACCUCGAACCUGCCGGUUCCAGAAAUAUCAAACCCUAGAAAUCUACUCGUUUCUCGUAAUUUCUUCCCCCUUUUCAAUAUUUUUCUUGAUCAAGGCUUAAUUUCUCUAUUUAAUCAAUCUUUCAUCCUUCAAUCGACUUUCUUUCGUAUCAAUUCUCACUUUUCUUUAUCGAUCGGUCCUUGUUUUGGGACUAACCGUUCUGGAAAUCUUAAUCUAAGGGUUAGGGUUUCCGGAUUCCCCCCUUUUUAAUCUUCGAUCUGUAUAAUCCCUCAAUUUUAUCGGGAAGAUUCCUCAAUUUCCACCUGUAAUUAGAAAACCCAAGGAUAUCUUGAUUUAGGGAUUCAAUUCCUCAAUUUGUACUCAUCGGAAGAAUUUUCGUGGAGGUAAAACAUGGUGUACAAAAGGUCUUUUGGUGAUGAAGAGAAUUAUGAGUUUCCAUGUAAGCACCAUAGACAAUCAGAAGACUACAGUGAUCAAUUACCUCCGAUUCCUGAGAUUUCAGCCUGCAGUGAUGUCCAUCAGGAUUCUUUGUUUUUCGGUUGGUGGAGAUGAAUCCUUCUGCAAAUCACAAGGUGGGAAGAGCAUUAUUAAUGUUACGGAACUUCCAGAUGAGGCUCAUAAGGUGAUUGAGACACAUAUUCCUGCGGUUAUUCCUAGAUCUACGUGGGUAAGCAGUAGUGCGAGUAUAGAGGCCUCAACGUUGGAGGAAGCCGGCAAAUUAUCGUUUUUUCCCGAGGUUUCGGAAGCUGGGUGCUCAAAAAGGGAUUUAGUUCAGCAUGAUGAGUUGUAUACAGCCCUUCUUAAUUCUCCUCCUCCAAAACUAGUUCCUGUUGGGUCAGAUCAUCAAGCCAUUAUUCCGCAAUGCACUGGUUCAAACGUAAUGGCUGAUAACAGCAAUUUGGAGAACUUAGUGGGAACUUGUCUCCUUCCAUUGUCUGAUUCAGAAGCACUUUUCAGUGAUAUAUUGGAAAGGGUAGAUCAGAUAAUUGUUUUUGCUCAGAUAAGGGUGGCGUGAGAUGUGUCCAACAUCACAUUUAUGAAGCUAGAUGUAAGCUUAAAGAGUCGACUGGGCUGGAAAAGUUUGAUAAAUUAGGAUUUUACGAGAUGGGAGAGAUUGUGGCAAGGAAAUGGACGGAAGAUGAACAACAACUUUUUCAAAAAAUUGUCUUUGCAAAUCCUUCCUCAGCUGGUAAAAAUUAUUGGACACCACUCCCUGAGGCGUUUCCUUCUCGAAGCAUGAUGGAUCUUGUGAGCUAUUAUUUUAAUGUGUUCAUGCUUCGUAGACGAGCUGAGCAGACAGGUUGGACAAUACACAGAUUGAGCACUGUAUUAGUUCGUUUCAGAACACUAAUUCUUCGGUUGGUGAAGAUGGAGCAUGCAGUGGAUCCCAACUCUUGGAGAGGGUAUGCAAUGUUACUGACAAGGAGUGGGAGACACAUGUCCCUUUGCAGGCGGCCAGCUGCAGUACAAUUGAAAAGGAGUCGAAGUCAGAGACACCAGUCAAGCUAAUAUUCCCCGCUGAUGAUUUCGAAACUGGGUGUUUGCCAGGGCCAUCAGUUCAACAUGAUGAGAUAUACUCAUUUCUUCUUAAUUCCCCUCCUCGAAAAUUAGUUCCCGUUGGAUCAGACCAUCAAGCUGUCAUUCCAGAAUAUGUGGCUUCAAAUUUAGUGAUUGACAGUGUCGAUUUGGAAAAGCUAAUAGGAACCUGUCUCCUUCCGAUGCCUGAUUCAGAAGAAGCAGUCGCCAACUAUUCUGAUGUUGGGAAAGGUAGACCUGAUGAUUGCACAUGCUCUGAUAGGGGUGCCAUUAGGUGUGUUCAGUAUCACAUCUUUGUAGCAAGAGACAAGCUUCGAGAGUCUAUUGGCCGUGAAAAUUAUGCCAAGUUAGGGUUCUACGAAAUGGGGGAGAUUGUGGCUAGGAAAUGGACAGAAGAAGAACAACAAAUUUUCCAGAAUAUUGUCUAUCUAAACCCUGUUUCAUAUGGUAAAAACUUUUGGACACAAUUGCGUGAAGCCUUUCCUUCUCGAAGCAAAAUGGAGCUUGUUAGCUAUUAUUUCAAUGUUUUUAUGCUUCGUAAACGAGCUGAGCAGAACAGAUCAUACUGGUUGAAUGAUAACAGUGACGUAAUAUUGCAAGAAUUAACAUGAAAGGUAGUGUUAGCUUGCCCCCCUUGUGACACAAUCUCAGCCUCCCCAUCCGCUUCGGUUCCCUUGGCUAGGUUACCCAUGAGGCUCGUUGGUAGGUUAGCACGGCAACUUGUUCAAUUAAUGUAGUAAUAUGUCUUUGGAGCUUAGCUUGUUAGGCUUCCAACUAGUUAAUGUAAUACUCUUUAUCCAAUAAUAAAAUUAUUUAUAUAAUAAUAAUAAUAAUAGUAUAAAAUAUAUAUAUAUAUAUAAAGAAUUAAUUACACAUAACAAUAAUAAGGGAUUUUUA